AUGGCGCUCAGCUCCACCAAGCCCCUGGCGUCCGCCAAGGCCAUCGCCGGGCAGAAGGUGGCGCCGAAAUGCCCGCAGGGCAUGGCGGCAUGCCGGCCGAGGACCGUGUCGGUUCGCGCAGAGGCUGAUGAUGUGAGCCGCAGGGCAGCAAUGGGGAUGGUGGCCGGCGGCGUGGCGAUCCUGGCCGGCGCCAAGCCCUCUGAGGCCGCCUACGGCGAGACCGCCAAUGUUUUCGGUUCCAUCACCAACCCGUCGGGCUUCAUCCCCUUCUCCGGGGAUGGCUACGUCGUCCUGCUGCCCUCCAAGUGGAACCCGUCGCCAGAGCGGGACUUCAAGAACAUCGACAUGAGGUGGGAGGACAAUUUCGAGCCGCUUUCUCACGUCCUGGUGACCAAGACCAAGGCGAGCAGCGGCUCGAUCGAAGGGUACGGAUCCCCGGAUGCGUUCUUGAAGAGCAUCGGCAACUACCUUGGGGAGUCCGUGUGGCUCAGCGACGGUGACACGCAGUCUGAGGGAGGAUUCGCCAAGAACAAGGUGUCUUCGGCGUCCUUGCUGGACGUCGCCACGGCCAAAGACAAGAAGGGGAAGUCUUACUACAAGUACGAGCUCUUCGUGAGGUCGGCCGAUGGCAACGAGGGCGGCCGCCACGUGCUGCUCACGGCGGCCGUGGGCAGCGGCAACCUGUACGUGCAGAAGGUGCAGUGCGGGGACAAGCGGUGGAUGAAGGGCGGGCCGCGGGUGGACGCGGAGACCGUGCACAAUUCCUUCGCCGUGGCGUGA